AGAUAGCAGUUAAUUACUGUUCUUCGCUUUCUCCUGCUGGUCUCUGUCAUGACCGUCAGGAGGCAAUCGGAGCAGGUGGAAGGGAACCUAUUAACAGCCUUUCAAUGGAGGACUUCAUCCAGAAGACAUUGGUGAUUUCGCCCGAGGGUUCUGAGGAGUGGGUGUUAAUUGAAAAACAGAACACUUACCAACUUGACUAUGAAAUGGAAGAGACAGAUAAGAGCAAAGCCAAUAUUUCUCCUCUGCCUUUGGUUGCUGAAGUACCUUUAGAACGAAGAAUGAUUCACAUUGAAGUAACUGGUGAAGAUGGUAAAGAAAUGCAGGUUCAGAUGGACACCUUUCCAUCUCCUAAGACACCAGAAAACGAUGAAUCAAAGUAUGGGAUUGGCCUGAGGGAAGACCAAGUACAAGAGGUGUUGACUGAACCAAAGACCACAGAAACCAAUGUGGACAAAUUACAAGAAUCAAAAGAGGAAUAUACUUCAGACAAACCGCAUAAAGAAACGAGACCACAGAGUCUGAAUUUGGGAAGACCAGAAUUUGUUUAUGAAUCUAAAAACAAGACCUCAAACAUACAGCAAGAGGAAUCUGAUGAAGACAAUAAUACAUCUGGAAAAGAUGUGACACCAACCAGGAAACCAGGAAUUGAAAUCUGGUCCGAAAACCUGCCUGAGAAGAUAGAGGAACAAAUGAAAGAAAGGCCAAUAAAUGAAGAGAAGGAAAAGGAGCUUAACAAAGCCAUUGAAGAAAAUCCAGCAAAACCUGUUCUGGACAAGACAGGGUUCGAUGAUGCCAGACAACAAGCAAGGGAUCAACUAAAGGAAGUGUUGGUUGAGGUAAAGAGCAUUAAUGUUGAUGAUCAGCAAGAUGGUUCUGACUCAAUCAACGGUCCCAUAAAAGAUGAGGUUAAAAGAAGAUCAGAGAUCAAGUUUGAGGUUACCAAAAUCAUUAUGAUUGACAACAGUGAAAAUGAAGAAGAGCCAGAGAAUGAAAACAACCAGAGAAUGGAUGAAUUUGUGGCUGAAAAAAAGAUUAGCAAUAUUGAACAGGAGAGUCUAGAAGAGGUGCUUGCAGAAAAGGUGCAGCGAAGGACAAAGGUUGCAGGGCAUGUUCAUACCGAAAUAACAAGGAUCGUCCCAUUGAAACCAGAGAGGGCAAGGAGUCAAGAGUACAGAGAUGAUAUAGAUAUUGGUGAAGAAUCGAGACAGAUAAAAAGACAUUUUAAAAGACAUAGUAUGUAUGAAUCUCUAGAGAGACAAUUUGACCCAUACGGGUUUGAUUCCAGAGACACAAGCUCUUCGCAUACUCUGUUUACUUCCAACAAAAUCACCAGAUCUCAAGAGGCAUCACCUUUACCCAUGGUGGAAGUAGAACAUGACAUCUCGAGCACCAAUGAGCAGCAAUCAACCAUGUAUAGCGAGUGUCUGCACAAAGGAAAUACUAUUCCGCAUGAAGAGUUGAUUAAAUAUACCCCCAAAGCAGGGUAUGAAGGUCUUCCCCAGUCUGAUGAAGUGGCCAUGGAAGUUCAAAUGUUCUCCUCCAAGAACCAAGCACUGCAGAAAAGUGGUCCUCCAACUCCUCCAGUGAAAACCAAGAAGGCCAGAGAGUCAGGACUGAUCCUAAGAAAUAGCCGUAAUACCAGCAAAGAGCCUGCAUCAGAAGUUUUGAAGAAACAGCAUGGGGAGCCUCUUUCCACUCCUGCCAUUUAUGAAGAGACAAUAGAUGAAGUCAAGCGAAGGCCACUGUCUGCCAGUGAAUACGAGUACGAUCGUAACACAGCAGUGACUCUGAGGGAUGCUCACCUGGGCAUCGAGCGUAAGUGCUCCAGCAUGACGGUCAGUUCCACUUCCAGCCUAGAGGCCGAGGCCGACUUCAGUGCGUUCCUGGAACUUCACGGUGGACUGGAGGAGUCUUCCAGGAGCACGGCUGAGCACGCAGUUUCGGAGGACUUCAGCAUCACCCGCAUCACAGGAUCUCAUGAUGGGCUGCUCACAAAGGAGAGAGUACAUGAAGAACACAUCCACCAUGAAGUGGAACCUGUAAGGAACCAUUUCCGCUGCUCUGGUUCCAGACACCAAGCUGUGGAUCUACAGAACUCACAAAUAUGUCUUCCAUCCUUUUUAUUGGACCUUUGAUUUUAUUGUGUUUGGACAUUUUAUAGAACAUCAUUGUU